CCACAGUUCCCACAUCAAACCAUAAUCAUCACGCCUCUUUCAAAACCCUUCCUUUUUCUCUUUCUCCUUUCUCUCAUUCUUCAUUCCUCACUGUUAUCUGUACCCUCACAAAAUCCUCAAUUCCCCAUCCACCUUUUCUCUCUCUCUCUCUCUCGGUGGAGAGAGAAGUGAACAACGCAGAAAAUGUCGAUAAACCACUACUCCAUGGACCUUCCCGAAACAACACUGUGGUGGCCCCAACAACAGCCUCAUCAGCAGCAACAACCCAUGUUAAUGGAAGCAACCCCGAAUCGCUCCUCCACUUCCUGGCCCUCUGCGGAGCCUCUGGGUCUCAACCUCAACCACCAAAACGACGACGUGGAAGAAGACGAAGAGGAAGAGGACCAAACAACGACCACUACACAGCAAGAGGAAACGGAAGACGAGAAGGAACCCAUGUUCGAGAAGCCUCUAACCCCCAGCGACGUGGGGAAGCUCAACCGCCUCGUAAUCCCCAAGCAGCACGCCGAGAAGUACUUCCCUCUCAGCGGUGGCGGUGGCGGUGGCGGCGAGUCGGGCGAGUGCAAGGGGCUCCUAUUGAGUUUCGAGGACGAGUCGGGUAAGUGCUGGCGGUUUCGUUACUCCUACUGGAACAGCAGCCAGAGCUACGUGCUGACCAAAGGGUGGAGCCGCUACGUCAAGGACAAGCGCCUCGACGCCGGCGACGUUGUCUUGUUCGAGCGCCACCGCGCCGACGCCCACCGCCUCUUCAUCGGAUGGAGGCGCCGGCGACACGGCGACACAUCGCCGGUGCACGUUAGCGGCAGGGCGGUUGCGCACGGGAAGAGUGGCGACGGGAGUAGUAAGAAUGAGGGUGGCGGCGGCACCGGUGGUGGUCUGGGGUGGACCAGAGGGUUCUAUUCUGCGCAUCCUUAUCCUACGCAUCAGCAGCAGCUGCAUAAUCAUCAGCCCUUGCCAUACCAAUAUGACUGUCUUCAUGCAGGACAAGGGUCCCAAGGUGAGAGAGAAAGGAGCGUAGCAGAGGGAAACAGUCCCAGUUCAAGCUCGAGUUCAAGGGUACUUAGGCUUUUUGGGGUGAACAUGGAAUACCAAACUGAACACGAUUCUGGACCCUCCACACCCCAAUGUUCCUACAAUACUACCAACAUGCCCUCCACACAGGGCACACAAAACCAUCGCCACCAACCAUACUACUACUACUAGUUAACAUAUAUAUAUGCAUCUUUCUUUUCUUUUCUUUUUCUCUCCCUCAAGUGUAAGAUAUAUAACUAUAUAUGUAUCCACUUGAUUAAUUUAUAUAAACUAUUGCUCAUCAU